CACCGCCUUAAUACAAAUGAGAGAAUCACGUGAACUAUCACAUGAUCUGAUAGCUGGCUGUUCGGCGCGGCUGCGCGUUCAGAGCUGCCUUGAGCUUCACUUGAGCUCCAGCCUUUCCCGAGCAGCGAGCAACGACCACGAACCAUUACGAAGCAAGACACCGAAACGAUCGAUCAACUAAUACCUUUUAAAAAUCCAGAAAACACCACUAAAUUGUCAUAAUGGAGUUCGGCAACGCUGGAGUAUUGAACGAGGAUGGUAUCCAUGUUGAUAUGGAUCGCCUGAAGAAGGGAGAGGUCAACCUGGGAACCUCGAUUAUGGCGGUUACCUUCAAGGACGGUGUUAUUCUUGGUGCGGAUUCGCGAACAACGACCGGUGCCUACAUCGCAAACCGAGUGACAGACAAGUUGACGAGAGUACACGACACUAUCUGGUGCUGCCGAUCUGGUUCAGCUGCCGACACACAGGCUGUUGCCGACAUUGUUCAAUACCAGCUCGGGCUCUUUGCCAUGACCAAUGGCAAGCCCCCCAUGACACAGACUGCUGCGUCAAUCUUCCAGGAGAUCUGCUACGCCAACAAGGACCGACUGUCGGCUGGUCUCAUCAUUGCUGGUUGGGAUGAGCGAUUCGGUGGCCAAGUUUACUCUAUUCCUCUGGGCGGCUCCCUUCACAAGCAAUCUUAUGCUAUCGGCGGUUCAGGAUCAACUUACAUCUACGGUUACUGUGAUGCCAACUGGCGAGAGGGCAUGGAGAAGGAUGAUGCAGUCAACUUCGUCAAGGGAGCCUUGAGGGAGGCCAUUAAGUGGGACGGUAGCUCUGGUGGUGUCAUUCGUAUGGUCGUCCUCACCAAGGACGGUGCGGACCGACACUUGUAUCUCCCUGACACCGACUACGCUGUGCGGCACGAGUAAUCGUUCUUAGUGAACAGGACAAAGUGAGGAAAGGGGAAACGACUUAGCAUGAGCAGCGCUACUAUGAAACCCGUCAUGACAAAGGGUGUGCGAAAGGGGGAGAGGCCUUCCAUGGUCACCCCUAGCUGAUGCUUAGGUAAAGAACGAAGAGCAUAUGGUCAAACUCUUCAGAGAACAGCCAACGAUAGAUGCUGGAAGCGCUGUACACUAGAUAAUGGGAACAAGAAAACCAGUACAUCUACCGACCUCAUUAGGAAACAAAUCAGGAUCCAAUAUGGGAGCGGAACGGGAUAUGCAUCGGGCCGCGAUCCAAGUCCAAUCCCCGCAACAUGUGAAGCUGCGAUUAGGUUGAUAACGUGGGGUAACAUUGCUUGGUUACAAGCUACUGGAAUACGAGUCGACAUGACGGUGCAAAUCAAUUCGAAACAGCCCAAAUGAAUCGUUGUCCAGAGCAAGGCGGACAUAGAUAAGUGGUGGCGGCUAUCUACCUUAGAUUGUUCACCGCUCUUCUAGAAUGAGGCUUCCAGUGAUGAUCGAAAUUGCUGUAUCAAGACUUGCAGAAGAGUGGACUCAGGGCGACAAAUGAGAGACUCACGAGACUUGCGUGGUAAGUACCUGGUGAUGCGGGAGUCGCUAGGUAUUUCAGCUGAACACUUGCCAUGUGCUUGAAUGGCAAAUGCUCUUUGGUUCAAGGUGACUGCAUAAGAUGCCCGUGCUUUACUCUACUGACUCUGCCUUGAAUCUUAUUGUAUACCUGAGCGGUGAACUUUGAAUUAUCUUAUGAUUUAUAGAAGCCAGCAAUAAUAGGCAGAGAUGUUAAUUGUCAAAGAUAGGGCACGUGUACAUCCAUGAAAGUGAGAGAAGAUCGCUACUACAAGGAGCCUUUCCCAAGUGAUC